GUCGGCGUUGUCAUUGUCCCGGGCUUGCCCGUGGCUCUCUCCAUGAGGCGCAGCCCUGCGAUGAAGGCGCCAAUCACGACGACGGCGCAUGGCGGCAGAAGUAAACCGGGUCUGCCGCGCUUGACGGCAUCAGGCGGUUUCCUUCGCCGCUGCUUGAGCCUGUCCUCCACCGUGGUUGACAAAGCCAGGGGGUGUCUGGUGGUUGACACGGUCAAGUCGUCGUGAGCGGUUGUGGCAAAGGGAAGGGGUGCAACCUGCCAACGAGCGCGUUUGUGUGUGGAUGUUAGGGGAACUAGGGUGGGAAGUAAUGCUAUGAUGUGGACGCGGACAUGGCAGCCUGCCAGGAGACGGACCUGCUGGGGUUACGAGGGGGUUGUCGCGUUGGUAUUGUGACGUUUGGCCGAUGUAUGACCCGAAGUCUGGCGUGAAGAGAUAGUUGGAAUGAGCAAG